GCCGCGCCGUCGGAGCUGGAGAGCCGAACGCCCAGGUUACCGGAGCACACGGCUGCCUCCUGUCUCGAGGGCCGCGGCCACCCCGCCUCCGCACGCUCCGCUCCGCAGGCCCUCCCGGCUGCCGCCCAGCCUCCCACACCCUCACCACCCGCUCUGCGCCCAGAGCCCCGAGCCCGAGGGAGGUGCCAUGCGGAGCGCUCCGAGCCGGUGCGCCGUGGUCCGCGCCCUGGUCCUGGCCGGCCUAUGGCUGUCUGCAGCCGGGCGCCCCCUAGCCUUCUCGGAUGCCGGGCCGCACGUGCACUACGGCUGGGGCGAGUCCGUCCGCCUGCGGCACCUGUAUACCGCGGGCCCCCAGGGCCUCUCCAGCUGCUUCCUGCGCAUCCACUCAGACGGCGCCGUGGACUGCGCGCCGGUUCAGAGCGCGCACAGUUUGAUGGAGAUCAGGGCAGUCGCUCUGAGUACCGUGGCCAUCAAGGGCGAGCGCAGCGUCCUGUACCUCUGCAUGGGCGCCGACGGCAAAAUGCAAGGGCUGAGUCAGUACUCAGCUGAGGAUUGUGCUUUUGAGGAGGAAAUCCGUCCGGACGGCUACAACGUGUACUGGUCCAAGAAACACCACCUCCCGGUCUCCCUGAGCAGCGCCCGGCAGAGGCAGCUGUUCAGAAGCAGGGGUUUUCUGCCGCUGUCUCACUUCCUUCCCAUGCUGUCCACCAUCCCAACAGAGCCCGGUGAAAUCCAGGACCACUUGAAGCCCGAUUUGUUUGCUUUGCCCCUGAAAACAGAUAGCAUGGACCCGUUCGGGCUCGCCACCAACCUGGGAGUGGUGAAGAGUCCCAGCUUCUAUAAGUAACUAGAGGCUCUGUCCUCCCACCCCAAGCCCCCGGAGACCAGGACCCCAGGCCUGUGGUGCUUGCGGACUGGGUUUUCUACAAGUAUGAUCCUGAGUCCAGGUUCUAUUUAGCUUUAGGAAGAAACAUUUAGAACUUGUACAUAGACAAAGUUUUACAUUGGCUGUGCCAGUUUCUAGUGGAUAGACUUGUAUGAUCAUAAAAUUGUAAGCCUUCCAUCCUACCCGUCCAGCUGCUACCUACCCCAGCCCCCCAACCCUGCUGGACAAGUCGCUGUGCUGCCCUGGUUCUGCUUGAAUACCUCCACUGGUGGGGAGCUCACUACCUUUGGCAACGUUCUUAUGCCAAGCUGACAUUUUCUGCAGUUCUCUCCCAUCCUUUCUAGCAGGGGCAGCCAGAGGAAAAGCAGUCAUUUUAAACUCAUGUACAGGUGAUCACCUUGGUGAAACCUCAGGUAAAUUGGACUCGACUGCAUGUGAAAAUUGUUCCAGAUCUCAACUCCAAGGAGGCCCACUGGCCCUCCCCAAGCCCCUCUGGCAGAGAAGUAACUGGGUGCAGGCACUGCCCACCACGCUUCAAGAGCAGGGAGAGCGCAGAGGCCCCCUCCAGCCUGGGGGUAAAUCUUGAGAACUCCCUGCUAUGGCUGGUUCUGGGAUGGGUAAUCUCCACGGGACCACUUUGCAACCUACCCAGGGCAGAUAUGGCAGUCUACCCACCUCCUUUCCCUACCCCCUAAAGUGCCGGUCCCAGCAGCCCGUCCCUGUCACAGCCGCUGGGGUUUCCAGGGAAUGGGAUCUCUCGUGUGGAUUUCACUUGAGGUCCCCUAGAGAUGGAACCCCACUGCCCGCCCCCCCAACUCCUCGCUCUCACCUCACUUUGGGGGCUGACUCCCUCCUUACGCGCUGGGAUGUUGGCCUGAAAAGGGCAAAACGCUGCCUUCCGGCAGCUGCUUCCCUUUUUCCAGCCCGUGGCCCCUUGGUGUGGGGUCAUUCUGUGAAUCGGGACUCAGCAGCCUCCCGCCUUAGAUAAACCCAAACAUUUCAUCUCAAAGCCAGAAAAAGGAAGAUCUGAAAGCCCCCCAUCUCUCCAGUAACUUGUAAAAGCCGCAUGGAGAUCAGGUCCUUUCCCCAGCACUUGGUUUCCACUGUGAUAUUUAUGAGUAAUUUAUUGUGUUUGAUAUGUACAUCUCUUUAUUUUCUUACUUUAUUUAUACCCCCAAAUGGUAUUUAUGUAUGUACAC